GUUUUUAAGAUCUGCGAUCAGGACGCAAACGCUGUGUUUGUAAGAAAAAAAAAAAAAGGGAAACAAAUGAGACAUUCAUAGCUACCCUGCAACAAAGCCUGGGCUGGAUGUGUGCCUUUAUGGAUUUUAAAGACUUGGAAGCGUAAAAAUCGUUGAUUGCUUUCUUUUUAGUGUGCGUAAUAAAGUGGAUGCUGCUCGCGCUGUGAAGAAGUAUCCGCUGCAGCCACGAGGGCUCCGAUGAGCAGCGCGGUAACAGGACACCCGCACCGCGAGAGCAUCACCUUCCCCUUCAGGUGCUUCACCCAUGAUCUGAUCGCAGCGGGAGGAGGAUGGUGGCGGACAUGGCGAGCUGGGGGGCGGCUGGUCACCUGGAGGACGGAGACGGAGAUAUCCCCACAGCUGAAAACAAAGAUGACGUGACUGAGAGCGACAGCAGCGGCUCAGAAAAUGCAGAGACGUCCACAGAGGAGAGUUCAGCGGAGGAUGACGAUGACGAAGAGGAGGAUACAAAUCCAAUUUCAUCAGGGGGCUGUGCAGAGAAGGACAGAGACGAGCAAGACAAAGAAGAAGCAGGUGCAGAAAAACAUAAAAACGAGGCAGCUGCUGGACCUGGAGCCGAGGUUUUAAAUGGGAAAGAUGAGAACCUCUUCAAGAUAUGCUGUGAAAAAUGCAAAGCCGCCCAACAGAGCCACAGCUAUGAGGUUGUGACUCCCAGGAGGAUCUCCAAGGAUCGACUGCAGGUGCAGCUGGAGGCGGAGGGCACGUACGAGUGCAGCGCCACCGGCCUGGUUUUCGAGGCGUCCGAGCGGGUUCUGGUGCGGUACUCCGUCCUGUCCUGGUCCAAGUUCGGCUCCUUCCUGCGAGACUCCUGGAAGUUCGCCGGCCCCAUUUUCAAUGUGGACACGGUCAACAAGGACGCGUCCGUCCUCAAGUCCAUCCAGUUCCCUCACUCCCUCUGCCUGUCUGAUCCAGACAGCGAGAUGACGUUCGGCGUCCUGCACAUAAAGAACAACCGGCCCCUCAUCGAGCCCACGGCGGACCACUCGGGCAGCCACGUCAAGUGGAACGUCUCGUCCCUGUCGCCCGUGGGCCCCAUCGUUCAGACCAGCCGGGCGGUCGGGCAGCACGGGGUGGUUCUGGUCUACAAGCAGCGCUGCAGCGACGCCCACAGCUACAGCUUCCACGUCUACCUGGCCCCCAACAACUCCUCUGACAUUAAGGAUGUGGCCAAACAGGUGCGGAGCUACAAGAACCGAUACUUUCAGAUCACCAAGCCUCCCACGUGCAACCUGGACGAGGGGACGUAUCGCCUCCUGAGCGAGCCCGAGGGGGAGAUCAAGCCUCAGGACUUGAAAUUCACCCUGGCUGUAACAAAGAUGAAAGGCUACUUUGAAGCUUUCUUUGAGCAGCCUCCUCCGUUCAAACUGUCUCUGAUAGAAGUCACCACCGAGGAGACGGUCUGGUCUGCGACCAUCAGAGAAGGUGACUGCGUGGAUAACUCUGAAAUGAAGCCCAGGAAACGGACUCACAGCAGACAGCGGAGCAGCAGCCCCUCGGAAGAAGAGACGAACUGUAAAAAACCUCGAUGGCAGGACGAGUCAGAUGGGGGUAAAGCGGGGAGGACUCUGGACCAGGACCUGUCGGAGAAGCAGCUGCUGCAGGUGGCCAGGCGCCUCGGGAAGGAGUGGAAGCAGGUGGCCAUCUUCCUGGACCUGAAGGCCCAGGAGCUGGACGACAUCCAGGCGGCGGAGAAGGACGUGGCCAUGCAGAAGCUGAAGAUGCUGGUGGAAUGGAAGAGCAGGCGGCGGCCGGGCGAAGCCACGGCGUGGCACCUGUGGAAGAGCCUGGAGGAGAUGGACGACCUGCCCAACGAGGUUCAUCAGAUGCUGCGAGAUAUGAUGAACAAUCAAGGCGCUAAGUGAAAGAAUCAAACGGACCUCUGGAUGCCUGUUGCACUAUAAUCGAGGGAAAACAAAAAAAAAUGAAGAUCUCAGGAAUUCAAAGUGGAUUCAACCUGUGGACCAAACAUCAGCUUUUUACUUCUUUUGUAUUUCUGAGUCUGAAACUUUUUUUUUUAAUUAUUAUUCUGCAUUUCAUAAAAAAGGGCCAUUUAACGUGGGCAUUUUCCUCAUUGGAAAGUAAAAAAAUGGUCCUCAGGUCAAGUAGAGAAGAGGACGACUGUACAUAAAGGUACAUAAAGGUAGUUGAAAUGACCAGUAGAGUUGUAGCGUUGUUGAUGUGAGCAGCUGUCGUGUUAACAGGUGAGUGUCGGUGCUGCAGUGUUUCAGCUGCAAAAAUUACAAACAGGGAAAAAUCCAACCUGUUUAUAUUGUUUCUCUUUUUAAAUGUUCUCUCACUCAGUCGUUUUUUUUGUCUUUAAUGUUAUGAAACGAUCAGGCGAAUUUCCACAUGCAGGUGUAUGUGACUGCAAAAGAAACUAAAAGAAAAACUGAAUUAUGGAAUCUUACUACUAUCUUGCUCUUAUUUUUAUACGUGCACUAAUGCUUUUUGUACACUUUUUCCGUACAUUUUUUUUUUGUAUUUUUUUAAAACGUGUAUUGUAUGUCUGUCUUUUUUUUUUAUGACGUUUUUUCAAAACUUGAACCAUGAGUCUCUUCCAGUGAGACGGGAUUGUUUGUCUUCCCUCUGCUAGAUGUGAAUCUGUCAGGAUACGCUGCGGAGAAAUCAAUCUAAACAUUCAGGGCUGAUUUAUGUGUGCAAGUGCAGCUAAAAAAAAAAAGAAAAAAAAGAGGACAUUAUUCAUAUCUUCUUUGAGUAAGCUUAGGACAGUUAAUGGACUUUAAAAGA